CAAUCACUCUCGACUGUUGAGGUAUUAACAGAAGUACAGGUGCAACACAAAAGAGCUCCCUAAGGGAGGUGUCUAAGGGCCACUAAGGAGUAUUAGAUAAGGCCAUCAUGGGUCUGUGGAUUACUGUAAUCCUGUCCAGUAGAGUUGGGCAUCACACACAUGCCAUUCCAGUGCAGCUGAAGAAGAAGAUGGAGGUCACUACUCGUUUUGUUGCCGUGCUGUUUCUCCUCCUUCUAACUCAAGCUCUGAUCACUGUUUAUUCACAGGAGGAGGAAGAGGAGGCUGUCCAGGUGGAGGACGAACUGCAGGAGGAGGAACAGCAGGCGAUUGAGACAUGGACGCAGAAUGUCAAAGCCUGCACCUGUGACUGCGAAUCUGCUGAUUCGCCUACACGCACACCCACUGCCUUCUCACCUGUCUUACCGACCACGCUGCCACCACCUCAGGGUCACUCGUUGAACUGUAUGCCGGAAUGCCCGUACCACAGAGCCCUGGGUUUUGAGUCUGGAUCUGUAACCUCAGACCAGAUCAGCUGCUCAAAUCAAGAUCAAUACACCGGCUGGUACUCCUCCUGGAUCCCCAACAAGGCUCGCCUAAACAACCAGGGAUUUGGGUGUGCAUGGCUGUCCAAGUUCAAUGACCAGCAUCAGUGGAUCCAGAUUGACUUGAAGGAAGUGAGCGUGGUAUCCGGGAUCCUCUCUCAGGGCCGCUGUGAUGCUGAUGAGUGGAUUACUAAAUACAGCAUCCAGUACCGCACGGUGGAAACUCUUAACUGGAUCUAUUAUAAAGAUCAGACAGGAAACAACAGGGUCUUCUAUGGGAACUCUGAUCGCUCCUCCACGGUGCAGAACCUGCUGCGCCCUCCCAUUGUGACUCGUUACAUCCGCCUGCUGCCGCUGGGAUGGCACACACGCAUCGCCAUGAGGCUGGAGUUGCUGAUGUGCAUGAAUAAAUGUUUCUGAGGUGCACUGCCUGUGCUAAUUCCUUACCAUCACCUACCAUUCCUUUCCACCUGUCAACCUGUCGUAUGGCAAAAAAAAAAAAAAAGAAAAAAAAAAAGAAAGCAUUGUUCCAGCACUGAAAGAACCAUUAUGUUAUAUAUAAUUUUCAAAAUGUUUAUCUUUGGUAAGGCUUCAACAAAAUCUACAUUCGGGCAGGUGGACAUAUUUGGUGUCCUUGGAUGCACUGCUUAUUUGUCUUAAAAUUGACAUAAAUGUAUUGUCUUAACAUGUCCUGUAUGAAUAAU